AUGUCGGCCCGGCAGACCGCCCCGGAUGUUGACGCCGAGCUCAUCAAGUUAAUUAGGACAUGCUAUCGCUUUACACCGGAAUCCAAUUCCCAAGAGGAGGAACAAGUCUCACCGGAGGAAGAUUUAAAGACCCGACUAGAAAAGUUGAAUCGAGUUGAAAGCACCAUACUACCUACCAUUCGUGACCUAGUCACCGAACUGCUCGAGGCAUUAGACUUACCUGCUAAAGACUCGAUUUCUCCCCAGCCCAAGCUCGAUGAAGCCUCAGAAAUCGUCCCUAGGCUCACUAGCCUCGUGGAAGACCUGGCCUGCUCCGUCCUUCCUCCCGAUUACUCCAAUCCUGAAAUAUGUCGACUGAUUGAUCAAAAUUACGGCCAAUUGAACCAAUUCAGAUCUUGCUACUUCAAGAAGAAGAUUACCGAGUUCAUCAAAGAAGAUCUCAGAAGGUUAUUCAGUAGCCUUUCUUCCUUUGUUUCUAAUGGCGAAUAUUACCCUCCUGAUUACGAACCGUCAGACCGGGACAAGCCUCACCAAGAGGGGCGAGCUGGCCGAAUCCAAAUUAUCAUCCCCAGAAUCAUCAACAUCAUCCGCGGAUCAAACUUCGAUAUCAUCCAAUCCAUCUGGAAUGAAUGUGAAGACUUGCUGGCUAGCGAUAUCAACGACAUCCACUGGUGUAUCAACCUAACAAACACCCGGGCCCCUGCGCGCAUUGUCCCAGACUUCAGCCCACUUAUACCGGCUGUUCUCGAAAUCUUGGACCAAACCCUCGUCCUACUCAAAAUGUGCAGACUCUUCUCCAGAAAGAUUGGUUCUACACGUCUCUUCAAAUUUGCUGAAGGCAUCAGCCCGGCCGACCUCGCAAGUUUCGGUGAUGUCUCUGAAAAGUUUCAGAUCCACGUCCAAAGUCUGAUCGUCUACAUGGAAACUGUCGCCGAGUUCCAGGAGAAGCCUCCCGGCUGGAAUUUCAAGCACGAAGCCGAGGUGAUCAGUCAUGAUGUUCACUUUUGCUUGGACUUCAUCCGCUCUCAUAUGGUCCCUUCUUAUCCCCCCCAGACGGUCGAUGAGGUCAUGGAUCGACUGUUCGGAACAUUCACUCAACAGUUUUUUCCUACUCUCGAUAGAUACAUCGCCCGACUGACUCAGUUCCAAGCUGAUCAUUAA